AUCUUUCAACCUCCGGUCGCUAUGCAGAAAAUAUUGGGGAAGAUGAUCCAGUUGGUGAUUAUUAUUUGGGUCGUAGUAUCCAGCUGUCAGGCUGCAGACAACGAUAAACUCUCGCAGUGGUCGUUCGAGGAAAUCGGCUGCGAAGGGUUCUACGAUAAAAAAAUGUUCGAGAGUCUAGAUAAUGUCUGUCAAGAGUGUCAUGGGUUGUACCAAGAAGCUAUCGUUUAUAAUACUUGCAGACAAAGUUGCUUCACGUCAGAAUAUUUCCGGGAUUGUUUGGAAACUUUGACUUCCCACACAAAAAACGAAAUAAGUGCGUUUAAAAUUAUGAUUAAACGAUUGCAAGGUUUUGAAUAA